UCUCCACACAUCCUCACACCCAAAUCACACAGAAAAGAAAAAAGAAGAAAAGCGAGAGAACUUGCCAUGGCAGCUAAAGAUGAGAGCAAGCCCACACCCACUAAGCCCACUUCCUCCCUCACCAUCAAACUGAUGGUGAGUAAGAAAAACCGGCGCAUAAUGUACGCAGAAGCCGGAAAAGACUUCGUUGAUAUGCUCUGUAGCUUUCUAACUCUUCCAACCGGAGUCAUUGCUAAGCUUGCCCUGCGCAGUGACACCACUGCAAAACCCUGCUGUAUAACUAAUCUGUAUAACAGCGUUGAAGCUCUGUCAGAUUCUCUGUUUAAAGCCGAUAAAUCUGUCCUCCUCGGCCAAAAAGUAUUCUCCACCAUCUAUACCAAUGAUGUACUCAAUAUUGACGCCCCAGCUCCUCCUGUUGCUGCUAAGCCUACCGAGCCACCCAAAUAUUAUGUGUGCAGUAACGCUGGUUCGACAAGCUACAAGCACUAUCUUAGCCCCCAGUCUGCAGCCGUCAGAUGCCCCUGCGGAUCCUAUGUUAACCGGGAGGUCUAUUUUGUCGAUCGCCCCGCGGAAUCGACCCCGCAACUUGUUGUACCGGGGAAUGCUCAGGGUUAUGUUAAGAAGCGUGCUAAUUUUGUGAUCACCGAUGACCUCAGUGUCAUUCCUGUUGAUUCCACCGCUACCAUUGUUAAUCUGUGGAACAAGAUUCAAGUGAAAGAGCCCACCGAAUUGGAAGAGAAAAAUGUCACUGUUGGUGCAGCUGAGGUGUUGGGGUUGCUUAAGGCGGCAAUGACUUCCACUACGGCCUUAAAUGACGUGUUCAAGGUGGAGACGAAGCCUGUUUCGUCAGGGUCUCCAAUGGACACAGAAUCAGCUCGAGGUGCGUUUCAGGAGUUUCUGCUCAAAUUGAUGAAAGAAGAGCCCAAGAUAUUUGCCAAAACCUUUACUAACACGGCAUGAAGCCUUCCUGAUUUUACAGGACUUAAUAUUAUUAUUAAAUAAAUUAUAUGUCAGUAAACUCUGGUAUUAUUUAUACAAUCGUGUCGAAUCAUCUUA